AUGUUCGGCGUCCGGUUCUUCGGCGAGUUUGAGUUCUGGCUUUCGUCUUUCAAAGUUAUUGUCGUCCUUGGCGUGAUCCUCUUCUCCCUUAUAAUGGCCUCGGGCGGUGGUCCUACUGGCGAUGCGCCUGGCUUCCGGUAUUGGAGCGAUCCCGGCGCCUUCGCUCCCCUCUACGCAACCGGCGCCCUCGGCAGGUUCAUAGGCUUCUGGACAUCGCUCACGUCUGCAAGCUUUAGCUAUUUGGGCAGUGAGCUGGCCGCUAUAGGAGCUGCAGAAGCCCAGAAUCCUCGUCGCUCGAUCCCGAAAGCCAUCAAGUUGACGUUUUACCGUAUCCUCGUUUUCUACAUCCUUAGCAUCUUUUUAGUCGGUAUGCUGGUCCCUUAUAACUCUCCGGAGCUUGCUUUCGCAAACAAGAGCGGCGCAUCGGCCAGUGCCAGCCCCUUUGUCGUGGCCGCCAAGCUCGCCGGAGUACAAGUCUUGCCGCACAUUAUCAACGCCUGUAUCUGCGUCUUUGUCUUCUCUGCUGCGAACAGUGAUUUGUACGUUGGCAGUCGAACUCUUUACGGCCUUGCCAGCGACCGCUCAGCUCCCGCAAUAUUCCGGAGAACCAACUCACGCGGCGUGCCGUUCCCUGCCCUCGUCGUGUGCAGUCUCUUUGCUUGUUUGGCGUUUUUAGUGGUCAACGACGAUUCCCGCAAGGUCUUUGGUUACUUUGUCAACUUGACAACCAUCUUCGGCCUGCUCACCUGGAUAUCUCUUCUCGUCACUUACAUUUGCUUCCUCAAGGGGCGUCGAGCGCAGAACAUCCCCAACAGCGCCAUGCCAUAUGUUGCGCCCCAGGGACUGAUCGGCAGCUACGUGGCUGUGGCGUUCUGCAUUCUUGUCGCAAUCACCAAAAACUUUGACGUCUUCAUCGAACAUGACGGGAAGAAAUUCGACUACGUCACGUUUCUUACCGGAUACCUUGGAAUUCCAGUGUAUUUGUCCCUCAUCUUUGGACACCUGUACUUUACCAAGAGCAAGGUCGUAAAGCCGUGCGAUGCCGACUUUUUCACGGGCAAAGAUAUUGUCGACAACGAGGAAAAGGCAUUUGUGGAGAUGCAGGCCGCCAGGCAAGGUACCAGAACAGGCUGGAAUCGUUUCUACGACCGCUAUAUUAGCUUUCUAUUUUAG